UAUCGAACACAUUCAUUUCCCCCUUCCUUAGGUAUCUUUCUCUCUCCCUCUCUUGCUUCUGCGUGUGCUGUUGCUGCCAGUUCCUGUCCGUCGGAUUAUGAUACGUUUGUCUCUUGCAGCAUAGAUAUCACGGAGCCAGCGCCACAGCGCCGGUAUUACUUGAUACAUGUACCUUGUGAGCCUCCCUACCACCAAUUGACUAACUGUCCUCUUCACCAUGUGCGGUUGUCACAGAAACUCACUCGGACUUGGCAAAACAAGGUAUCUAUGAUCUAUCGGAGAUUAUCGUACGUAAACUUACUUACUGAACCGGCUUCUCUAGCCUGCCGAGAGAUGAGAGGGCUCGGCUGCACCUGGGAAAUACUUGGAUCAUCCUAGCACGUUUGGUGGCUUCAGGGAUAUGGGUAGCGCAGGCAUCUGUGUGUAUGUGCUCUUUUUUUUUUUUGCACUUUCGAUUUUCCUCUCUUCUCGUAUUACGGUUGAUAGAUGUGAUAACUUUUGAAUUUGUUGUACGGAUAUCGAUAGCUUUCGACAAUGGCGUGUUGCAACUGCAUGACAACAACGUCCCUGACUAUUAUGGACCGAGCAGGUCAAUACUAGGAAAGGGGGGGAAAGCCCUUCAGGUAGUGGGUUUUUUUCCCCUCCUUUUUCGGUCCAUAGGAGACAUCGAGUAUCAGCUCCUCCUUCUUCUCUCGUGGCAAGGGAAGGCGGGGCAAAAAAAACUGCCGUGCGUGUCUGAUCUUCCUUGGGGCGAACGGCCACCCUACUCGCCUAACUACCUAUGCUACCUAGCAAUUCUAGUUCGCCGAGCGGAGUAGUAGCUCAAGGGCUGUCAGAUAGGUUCAGAGACAAACUAUCGCAACCGGGGGACAUGUGGCCAUUCGGGAAACAUAUGUCUGAUCCGCGUGCCGGAGCCCUCGGGUGCAUUAGCAUGUUCCGGGCUGAAAAAUCUCCAAUCCAAGUUGGCGCUUCCCUUAUUCCAUUCGUCCAGCCAGCGCGUCACCGAACUCCACCGCAUCCUCAAUCGACGCACGCGUUAUUUCUCGUGUUAACUCCGUAUACAUCCCCCGGUAUGACGGUGAUGAUAUCCGAGACUGAAGCUCCAAGAGCCACGUAACCCGGGGGGGCUAUUAGUCCAUACAUGCCAUCGCCCUUUACAAUCAGACUAGUUCUAGGCCGGGGGCACGUUUGAGAAUAUGUGGUGCUUAAUGCUGGCUUUUUUUUUCUUUUUCGAGGGCGGUGGGCGCGCGGAGCACUUGUCUGAAGGGGAGGGAUUAUCGGAGAUGGAGAGUAUGGGAUGUAUCUAUGAACUCCCGGGGCGCCUGUGGCUUCUGGAGGUGCCCGUGGGCAUUAGGUUGUCAUAGUUUGGGCCCGUGCUUAGGGGAAAGUGUCAUUACCGAGGAAACAAGUGUUUGCUCCAGAUGUUUGUUGUGAGUCUGAGCUGGGAAUCAAUAUUCAUGAGAUGUCACUCGUUGUUAAACCUCAAUCGUUGUCUA